GUUUUUCUUUGUUUUAAACGGUGUGAGAUAAAAUGAGUAAUACGAAAGAAAAUUCUACAGCUGCAGCAAAAAAUAUAAUUAUAGGAAAUGCGAAACCUUAUGGAAAAAUUGUAUUAACAUUACAAAAUUGUCUUUUACCCGAAGAAAAGCUUAACUCGACGCCGUCGCAUUUAGACGGACUGGACGCAGAAACUGAAACCGAUUUAAGGAUAUUAGGAUGCGAGCUAAUACAGACAGCUGGUAUUUUGUUAAAAUUGCCGCAGGUUGCAAUGGCCACAGGACAAGUAAUAUUCCAACGAUUUUAUUAUAGUAAAUCAUUAGUUAGACAUAAUAUGGAAACAACUGCAAUGGGUUGUAUUUGUUUAGCUAGUAAAAUUGAAGAGGCACCUAGACGUAUCAGAGAUGUUAUCAAUGUGUUUAAUCACAUAAAACAAGUCUCCAGCCAAAAGUCAAUACAGCCUGUAAUACUUGAUCAGAAUUAUGUAGCUUUGAAGAAUCAAGUGAUUAAAUCAGAAAGGAGAGUCCUAAAGGAAUUAGGUUUCUGUGUUCAUGUAAAACAUCCUCACAAAAUAAUUGUCAUGUAUUUGCAAGUACUGGGAUACGAGAAAAAUCAUGCUCUGAUGCAACAAUGUUGGAAUUAUAUGAACGACUCUUUGAGAUCGGAUGUAUUUUUAAGACAUCAACCAGAAACAGUUGCAUGUGCAUGUGUCUAUCUGGGAGCAAGACAACUUCAAUUACCCUUACCUACCUCACCUGCUUGGUUCUCUCUCUUUAAAGUCAAUGAAUCUGCAAUUAGAGAUGUUUGUCGUCGUAUAUUACGACUUUAUUUUCGACCCCGCGUUAAACCAGAACAGUUAGAGAAACGCGUUGAAGAGCUUCGCCGACAAUAUGAAGAAGCAAGAACCAAAGCAAGGAGUGGGGAUGUUGAUAGUCACACACCAAGCCCACCUCUGCCUAAACAUCACAACGCCUGGGGUGGAUUUAUUAGCCGUAGUGGAACACACGCGGCACCCGAAAGAACAAAGUCUCCCAGGCGUUCGAAAUCGCCAAGUACUUCACCGUCUAGGGGUGAAGGAACAAAGCAUUCCAAGAGAAAGAAACACAGUAGAAGCAGAUCUCGCAGUCAUAGUCAUGGCCGAUCUCGAAAACCGAAAAAAGCACAACGAAGACGAUCCGGCAGUCAUAAAUCAUCACGCAGUCGUUAUAGAUCGCGUAGUCGAUCUCGAGACAGAGAUGUAGAAAAAUCAAGUAAACAUCGCAGCAAACACAGACGACAUUGAGUCACUCGGUGUAUAAAAAAUUCUUAUGUAUAUUACAAAGGAGAUACUGCAGUCACGUGGGCAGUUGCAUAAAGUUUGUAAUAUAAUAUGGGGCCUUUUUUUACCUCUGUUAAUUAAUAUGCAAUUUAAAUAGGACAAUUAAUUUUUACUGUAUGGUACAUAUCUUGAGUUAAUUUAAACACGGUAACAGUAGGUUUAAAAUAAAUUAUUUCUAUGAGCAUUGAGUCAAAGUACCUCAAGAAAAACGGUACAUUCUCGACAAAAAAUAUUACAAGUAACGAUACUU